CCGCGCCGCUAGAGGGCAGAGCGCAAUCCGCCCGAGUUAACAGCGGAGCGUUUGGGACUGGAGUCGCUUUUACUGCCGCUGUCCAGCACUUCAGCAUUCAGCACCGAGGCCAGAGUGCCAGAGAGAAACCUGAACCGUACACCGCGACCGAAACUACACAAAAACACCAAGAGAGUCCGGGUUUAAACACAAGCGCGUUCACGAGGCUUGAGGCUUGAGCAGAGAGCUGUGGACAUGUACGACGGGGCAAGGGUGCCCUCUCCUGAGGCCAGUGCUAAUGGUGCCCCGGGUGCCGCCACCCGCCCCAAUGGCGACGAAGAACCGGAAGAAGAAGAAGCCGUGCCACCAAAGCCCGUGCUGGUGAAGAAGGCUCGCCGUGAGAUCCUGGACCAUGAGAGAAAGCGACGAGUGGAGUUGAAGUGCAUGGAGCUGCAGGAGAUGAUGGAGGAACAAGGAUACUCCGAAGAGGAGAUCAGGCAGAAGGUCGGGACGUUUCGGCAGAUGCUGAUGGAGAAAGAGGGAGUCAUAACCAGAGAGGGAUCUAAUCCUAGACCACCGGUGACAGUUUUACCCCAUGGUGUUGAAGAGGAUGCAGAGGGCAGUGGGUUCGCUGAUGGCUAUGAAGACAACUACGACUGGCAUGGAGACUACUACGAUCGGGAUUCUGUCACCCACGAUGACUAUAGAGCCAAGAGGAAGUCCAGCAGCUCACCUUCUCCUCCACCUAAGAAAAGAAAGAAGAAGAAGAGCAGAAGACACAGUCGGGUUGACAGCUCGUCUCCUACACGGCGAGGAAAAAGGAAGAAGAGUGGCAAGAAGCACAAGAGAGACAGGUCCACAUCUGGCGCUAGGAGGAAGAGGAGACACAGAUCAGGCACUCCAAAGAACAAACACAAAGACAAGAGUAAACUGAGAAAGAAAUCUCCAGCAGAGUGUACCAGCAGGAGGUCCCAGCGCAGAGGAAGCUGCUGCAGCUCGCGCAGUGCCUCUGUCUCAUCCACAGCCACCAUCUCCAGAUCCCCCAGCAGGUCCAACCUGAAGUACAGGACGGAGAGGCAGAAGAGGUCUAGUCCCAGUGUGUCUCCGUCUCCUGGUCUAGCGAACGGCCACCACAGCGAGCGAGUUCGCAACGGCAAACACUCCGGACUCAGCCAGCUAGAGGGCGAGAAAAGCAACGAUAAGCUACGGUCAUUGGCUUCAUCCUCACCGAGUGAAGUGCAGAGGCAGACGUCGCCUAAUGUAAGAGAAGCAAAGAGCCACAGCGCCCUCUGUAGGAGCCCUGGUCGACAGCAGACACAUGCCCAGAUGGGAGAGGCAGGAAAGGGAGAAGAGAGGCAGCAGCGGGGUGGCAAGCUGUCCUCUGAGUCAUCAGGAAAACGGGCAGGACGGAGCUGCCACUCUCCUGCCCAUAGCAGUGACUCCCAACUCGAUCUCCAGUCUAAAGCCAAGGGCACACAUGUGAAGAAAGCAAAAGGGUCUCAUUCAUCUAAGAGGCACCAUCAUGGUAGGGCCGUGAACCGACAGCGCAGUGUGUCAGCGUCACCAAAUCCACACCGGCGCACGUCGGGCCGCAAAAAGAGCAAAUCAAGCCUACAGCAACGAAGCAGCUCGUGGAGCAGUGUCCGAUCUUCUUCACGCUCCAAAUCAAGAGAGCACACGCAAAGCAAGACCAAGUCUCCACAUACUCGGCAGAACAACUCUAGAGAGAGGGACAGUCCUCACUACUCUGAUGCCGAGAGAGCUCGCCGACGCUCCCGCAGUUAUUCUCCCAUUCGUAAGAGAAGGAGAGACUCGCCCAGCUUUAUGGAGGCUCGCAGAAUCACCAGUGCACGCAAGAGGCCGAUACCAUACUACAGGCCUAGUCCGUCUUCCUCCAGCUCUCUGAGCAGCUAUAGUAGUUCCAGCCGAAGCCGGAGCCGGAGCUACGACAGCUACAGCAGCUACAGCCGGAGCAGGAGCAGAAAUCGGAGCAAAAGCAGGAGUAAAAGUCGGGGCAGGAGCAGGGGCAGGAGCAGGAGCAGCAGUCAGUCCCGAAGUCCCAGUCAGGCACACAGCUACUACAGUCACAGCAGCUAUGAGAGCCCUGGCUUCUGACCAGUGAUGGCUACAGGAACAGAUAGAUUAAAGGAUGGAUUGAAAAAUCAAAGAAAUGAACAAUUCAAAACACUUCACACUACCUUUCCUCGUAUCUGUGGUAAAUAAGUAAUUAUUAUAACUAAAAAGGUAUUACCAUAGCCAAGAUGGCUGUGAAGACAUUAUGGAAGAUUUCUUAUAUCUUCUAUAAGAAAAGGUGACAAAAAUCUAAAGAUUAUUAAACCCCAGAAAUUGCAGCACAUCAGAUUAGAUGAUGAUUAUGUGACACAGAUUCAGGUAAUACAUGUAAUCCAAAAUAACGUGGAGAAAAUUAAAACACACACAAUUUCGCAAAGCACCUAAAAAACAAGAGCAAAGGAACCUAUCAAACAUCUGUGUACGAUAUGGUGUUACAAACAAAACAGGAUCAUAUACGGACACCAAAAAGCCAGGAGAACAAAACGAAUUAAAGCACUUUUAUGGCCUGAAAUUCUUCCAAGUUGCGAAAAUAAUCACAACAAGGGACGGUAGAAGGGAAAAGAUGUGCAUAGAAGGAAGAAGAAGCACCCAGCUGGGAUGAAUGUAAUCCAACAGGAGUCAAAGGCGACUCGAUGGACACUGGACACACUCUGUAAUAUUCUUCCCCAACCCCUUCCAAAGACU